AUGAUUUCCAAGAUCGCUACUACGACUGCGUUGCGCGCCGGCGCGCGCACUUUUACUACGCGCGCUACUUCUGGUGCACGCACUCCAUCGCGCUUCCCUCUUGCGUUCGGUGCUGCAGCUGCCGUGGGCGCUGCAUCGCUUUAUAUGCUUCCGUCUGUACAGCUCGAGGGCACGCCUACCAUGGCGGGCGAGCUUUCCACCACCUCGGAGCGCAGUUUUAUUAUGAUUAAGCCUGAUGGAGUGAGCCGGCAGCUGGUUGGCAAAAUCAUCGAUCGGUUCGAAUCGCGGGGGUACAAGCUCGUUGCGAUCAAGUCGGUGGUCCCCUCGGCAGACCUCACGAGGCAGCACUAUGCGGACCUCGCGAACAAGCCGUUCUUUGGCGAGCUGCUAAAGUAUUUGACCUGCGGAACUCCUGUUAUUGCGAUGGUCUGGGAAGGCAAGGAUGUGAUCCGUCAGGGCCGUAACAUGGUUGGCGCAACAAACCCCGCCGCUGCGCUCCCCGGCACGAUCCGCGGCGAUUACGCCGUUACUAUUGGCCGCAACAUGAUCCACGCCUCGGACAGCUUUGAGUCGGCCACAAAAGAGAUUGGCCUUUGGUUUAACAAGCAGGAGCUUGCGCAGUACAUGUCUUCCGGCUGGGCAAUGACCAUGGAGGACAAUUAG